GGAUAGGCCCUGCUGUGACGGCGGCUGCGGGCGGGGAGCGGCGGCCGCGGCUGCGGCCUGCUCUGCCGAGAGCGAGGGAAGGGAAGGGGCUGAGACAUGGACAGGUUCUCGUGGACCAGCGGGUUGCUGGAGCUGGGGGAGACGCUGGUGGUGCAGCAGCGCGGCGUGCGCCUCUACGACGGGGAGGAGAAGGUAAAAUUUGAUAGUGGAGUAUUACUGCUUAGCACACACAGGCUACUUUGGAGGGACCAGAAGAAUCAUGAGUGCUGCAUUGCUGUACCUCUGUCUCAGGUCGUCUUUAUUGAAGAGCAAGCAGCUGGGAUAGGAAAAAGUGCUAAAAUAGUGGUUCAUCUUCAUCCUGCUUCUUCAAACAAAGAGCCUGGUCCAUUCCAAAGCAGCAAAUAUUCCUACAUAAAACUUUCUUUCAAAGAACAUGGGCAGAUUGAGUUCUAUAGACGAUUAUCUGAAGAAAUGACACAAAGGAGAUGGGAGAACAUGCCUACUGGUCAGACCAUUCAAGUUAACAGGGACCCACAGGCAGGAAGAAUAAGGGCUGUAGGAAUUGUAGGGAUCGAAAGGAAAUUGGAGGAAAAGAGAAAAGAGACUGACAAAAACAUUUCCGAGGCUUUUGAGGAUCUCAACAAACUAAUGGAGAAGGCUAAGGAGAUGGUGGAAUUAUCCAAGUCAAUAGCUAAUAAGAUUAAAGAAAAACAAGGUGAUAUCACUGAGGAUGAGACUAUCAGGUUCAAGUCCUAUCUACUGAGUAUGGGUAUAGCUAAUCCAGUUACUAGGGAAACAUAUGGAUCUGGUACACAGUACCACAUGCAACUGGCAAAGCAACUGGCUGGAAUACUGCAGACACCAUUGGAGGAGCGAGGAGGGAUCAUGUCACUUACAGAAGUGUACUGUCUGGUAAAUCGUGCACGAGGAUUAGAGUUGCUGUCACCAGAAGAUUUAGUAAAUGCUUGUAAGAUGCUUGAGUCACUGAAACUACCACUAAGGCUUCGGAUAUUUGACAGUGGUGUGAUGGUGAUUGAACUCCAGUCUCAUAAUGAAGAGGAAAUGGUAGCUUCUGCUUUAGAGACAGUAUCUGAAAAGGGUUCUCUCACAGCUGAUGAAUUUGCUAAGCUGGUGGGGAUGUCUGUUCUCUUAGCCAAAGAAAGGCUGCUUCUUGCUGAAAAGAUGGGCCAUCUUUGCAGAGAUGAUUCAGUGGAAGGCUUGAGAUUCUACCCCAAUUUAUUUCUGACACAAAGCUAAUGCAGUUUGUGUACAAUUCGUUGUGUAACGGUUUAGCAAGUGAACAGAGAGCAGAACCCUUCCAACAACUGACCUUACAUUUGUUAUUUUGUUAUUCAACUGCAACAGUGAUGAACAUUGCAAUGCUUUGCAGUUCUCAGGUAUUUCAUGUGCUGAAUCCUCUUACGUGGAGCUGAAAGGAAAUAGGAAUCAGUCAGAAGCAUGUGAAUUGUCUCAAGUUUCAAGUUUUGUUUGAUGUGUUCUGUAGUUUCUCGUUAAGGGAAGUCAGAUUAAGAUUUCACACAAGUGAAAAGAAUAUCCUUGUAGUCUGCCAUGGGGGUUAGCACCCAAAAGACAGGUUACUGCAUACCCUAGUUUGUUUAUGUCUAGAGCAACAAAUUAGAUAUAUCCAUAGUGAUAAGAAAAGUGACUUUGAUGUGUACCGAGGUAUAAGGAACAAACCUAGUGUAGCAUAACCCCUUCUCCCUGAAGUGAUGAACAGUUUUCUAAAAGAGGACCUUGGGCUUCUUGUACUUUGUGACAGAAGGAACCUGCUGCUGGACAGAUUAACCUAUGUUAUGUGAAUCUAGAAAAUGCAGUGUUUGUUUUGUAAUGUCUUAUGCUAAUAGCUCAGAUAGAAGCAUUGUUAGCACAGACUUCCUCCCUUCUCUUCCCUUGCCAUCUUCCUUCCUGGCUCAUUAUGGUGCACUUCGGUGCCCUUUCUCUGUCUUCUCUUCACAUAGUGGAGCAAAGUAGCCUCCUGUCGCUCUACUAGACUCCAUUCUUUAAUGUGUUGGGUUUUAUUUUCUGCUUGUAUUGAAAGAUCAUUUGUUUGUUUCAUCAGCCUUUAUCUGUUUUGGAGAGACGGCUUACUUAUAUAUGAAAAUUAAUAUACUUUCAAUAUUGAAGGGAGGAAGAAGACUAUCACCCUGUGUUUAAUAGUCAUGAGGUAUCAUAUUGUUUGGUAUUCCUCACCCUGUGUUCACACUGAAUGCAAUUUGAUAGUCUCAGUUUUCAUAACUCCAGUGGAGUUGUUACAUUACUUGAAGAUCUGUUGUCAUGGUAAUAACGGUAAGUGGAUGUUCACUAUCCACGUCACUUACAUUUUUGGCAUUUUGAAGUGACCAGCUUUAAUAAAUAACAAAAUUAAUGCAGGCUAUGGGCAAGACAGCACAUAAAUAACUACACUGUGGUCACAAUGGCUAAAUUGAUACUACAAAAAAAGGAGGAGAAAGGCUUUUAAGAGCCUGCACAUCCUUUCAGAACUACUUCAGUAUUACCAUAGCUUAGACAAGGGUUAAGAGCCUGUCAAUGAGGAGUUCAGUGCAGAGAUCCCUUCAGUGAUGAUGACUUUGGGUUAUAGGAUGCUCAUUUAGAUCCAGGGAAUUGUGUCCUCCUACCCUUGUCACAAGCAAAUGUUUAUGCAGUUUUCCUUUAGGGCAGUUUUCCUCUGUUUUAUGGAGGUGCUAAAACUAAGGUAUUUGGCAAAAUUGAAGGAACCAGUUCCACACUGUUCUUACUGUGUUCGCCACCUAGUAUCAUCUCCUCAGGAGCCUUAUGGCUUGAUGCUUUUCUUCAUCCUCUCCACAACCCACAGAAGAGACCUAUGUGAGGUACCCCAGGCAUCACACAUCUAUGAAGGGACUGAAAAGUGAGAAAUUCAGAAGAAAAAAGCUGGUUUGUGACAACUGUUUCUUUUGCCUGAUACCCGAACUUGUAGAGGGAGACCAGUGGUUUAUGGGCCUGAACCUCUCCCCACAAGGGGGCAUGUCUUCUGUAGAAAGAACAAACCAGAAAGGAGAUGCCAAGUGAAAGCUCCCAGCCUCUGUCCUCCAACCCUGAGCAUUUCAUUAUCUUAAUUAAGCAAUAACAAUACAGCCUAUUUAGAAUGAUGAUACUUUCUCCAGCUUUUCUUUCCCAAGUUUUGUCUUUGACUUUUUUUUUCUACAGGGAAGAAAUCUGAGAGGUAAAUUGUAUAGCUGGUUUAGAAUUUAAAUAUAUACGUGUGAGAAAAUGACUACUAGAAAGUAAUAAAAAUGAAAAGAUUUUUCUUAAA